UAGUUCUCUUCGGUCUCCAAUUGAUUUAGUCUUUUAUUGCUUUUCAUAACGUGAAUCCAUCCAACAAGAUGACACAGUAAAUGUGUAUAAAUUCACCUGUUCGAAGCAUAGCGAAAAUUAUGAUUGUAGCGUUUAAAAAACUACAUCUAUUUAUAUUUGAUGUCACGAGUGUCCAUAACUGCGAAAAGACCAGUUUUCGUUCUUUUCUGCGCAUCGUCGCUCUGAUUGGCGAUACUCCCAGGGGAAGUGGAAAGCGAUUGGCGGAGAGCUCGCUGCGUUCCCCCACCAUCCUCCAACCUGCGCAUCGUUAGUUAUGGACUCUUGUGGCAUCAAGUAUACAUAUACCAGUGUAUCCUAACUCGUCUCGUUGGACGGAUUAUAAUUAGAAUCAGGAUGUUCAAGUUUGGCUUCUCAAAAGACAGCGAAACUGAAGGAUUAAGAUGGGAUUAGAAUUUUAUUAGGAUAAUUAUUUCAGAAAAAAAUGUUGAUACUAAAAAAUUGUCAAUUAAUUGGCUACCUGCCUCGAUGAUAGAGGUAUCGAAAUCAGAAAUCGAAACCAAUUAUGAUCCAAACGAUUACACCGAAAAUCUCGUAUUUCCGGGCUCUAAAUUAAGGUUAAUUCGUUCCGAGAAAGCUUUACAAAAUUUGACAGAGGAAAAUUGUAGAAAUAUUAUAGAUGCAGAGUUACAGCAUUCUGAUCUUAUUCCAGCUCGAUACGAAGGUGGUUUAAAAGUUUGGGAAUGCAGUUACGAUCUGGGUCGUUAUAUAUUCGAAAAUAACAUCGAAUUUCAAGAUAAGGUUGUAUUGGAUUUAGGAUGCGGUACCGGUAUCAUUGGUCUUAUUGCUCUUCUGAAAGAUUCCACCGUUCAUUUUCAAGAUUACAAUGUAGAAGUGAUCAAAACCGUAACUAUUCCAAACGUUUUGUUGAAUUUUGAGAAUCGGGAAAGUACAUUGAAAAAAUGUAAGUUUUUUAGCGGUGAUUGGGAAUCGUUUACGAAAUUAAAGUCUGAGAAAUACGAUCUGAUUUUCACCAGUGAGACAAUUUAUAAUCCUGACAAUCAUAGAAAAUUGUAUGAGGUUUUCAAACAGAGACUUAAACAAAAUGGCGUGGGGUAUAUCGGCGGUAAAAGUUAUUAUUUUGGUGUUGGAGGAGGAAUGAGGCAAUUUCAAUAUCUUGUAGAGGAGGAUGGUGUUUUUAACAUUGAUAUAGUAUGGAAAAGUCAAGAGGGAUUGCAAAGGGAAAUCUUGAAGAUAGCAUGGAAACCACAAUUGUAGACUCACCCAACACCUAAUAAGAAUGUGAUGAAGCAUUACUUAUGGGUACUUACUCUGCUACGUCUCGGAUAUCCUUUUGGAAAGUCACAGAAUCAAUCACAUAGACAAG